AUGGCUAUUAUUAAUGCAUAUCGAAUUAUCAGAAUUUUGGAAUUGACAAAAGAGCAUAAGGAGUUUCGUUAUGAGCUUGUUUGGAACCUGAUCAAUUUUGCAAAUGACACUGGUGUUCAACUAAGAAAUAGUUUGAAAAAUUCUAAAGAAAUAGAAUUAGGAGAGGAAACAAAACGACCCAAGGUAAUGAAGUAUUUUGAACUCUCAGACAAAUGGCUUGUACCUGGUAACUACUUGGUAGAGUGGAGAGAUCAAUGUGAAGCCUGUCGAUGGUGUACAUGGCUAGCACAUGAAGAUAAAUUAGACAUGAAUCGUAAAUCACUACAUCAAAGUAGUUAUUGGUGCACGGCAUGCAACGAACCUCUUUGUUGCAAUAAUAAUCAGAAUUGUUUUUUACAAUUCCAUACAGUAAAUAAUGCAGAGAUCUAA